UUCAAUUUGAAAAGUUACCCCGCCUACUAUUGAGCCACACCCUUACUGCCCUGCAGCAAAACGCAUCAAACAUGGCAGGAUUGGACCUUAGCCUUAGUAACGCUCUUCUUGACGGAACACUGACCCGUAGGACAGGGAGGGAGGAGAGGAAAGGAACUGAUCCUUCAUCACAGGAGACCUUUCCAGCUCUGGUCUACACUGAACCACACAAGGCAUUGGACCAAAGGGUACUGUUCAGACCACCACAGCAAAAGAAGAGAGGAGAAGGAGAGAAAAGGAGAAGACACUCCGAGAUAACAGCGCCUUAUGGCAGGCACAGCAAGUCUUGGGAUGAAGUUAUUUCUGACUUUAUUUCGAAUAAAAUAUUGAAAAACACUCCAAAGGAAGAACCACGACCAUUGACCAGGAGCUUGAGUUGGGAUGCACUCCACACAUUGAAAGGAGGGAAAGUAGAGGAAGAGAAACCUGCUCCUAAAACAUUUGUAUUUAAACCACAAAAGAGGAAGAUCAGUCGGUUAGGAGGUAAACAAGAAGAGGUGAUCAAAGAAGCCACUGAAGAAGAAGAGGUACCCCCUAGGAACUACCAGCUGGAAGAUAAUGAUGACCCUGCUGGUCCUUAUGAAGUUCCUAUGCCUACGCCAAAGCGACCGAUCAGAUCAAGUGAUCCUAUGAAACCUACAAAAUCUCCUCGGACAAAAAAAUCGCCGAAUGAUGAGUCAGCAGUAGUAGCACCUGUCGCUAAGCCAAGAACUAAAAUACCAUCAAACGUCACUCCAGUGGAAGCCACACCCAUUGCCCCUCCCCCUAGGGACAUUGUUUCUAAUACGAGCCGCCACACUUCAUUUGUAGUUCAGGAUAUAGUCUCACCUCAUUCAAAACUGGAUGAGAUUAAACCGAUAGUUAAAGAUGGUGACAUCGGCCUAUUGAAGAUUAGAGUAUUAGGAAUGAGACUACCUCAGGGACCCACCAAGAACAAGGGAACUGACUCAGGAGGGGAAGAAGAGGAGGUGGAGCCUGUUGCUACAGUAACACCAAAAGAUGGCCUGUUUUGUGUUUUGAGUAUAAUCGGUAAACAUUCUCAAUUCCAGUCCUCGUUACAGCCUCUUGAUCCAAUUACCGGAGCUUCAGUUUGGAAUAAGACUGAUGCUGGCUGUACUGCAGUGUUCUAUACUACCGCCAGUCAACAAGUCGUGGUAAUGUGUCGUAAACUGUCACUGGCGGAGUCUGACCAAUCAGAAUCAUCCAGGAGGGCCCAGGCCGAGUGUGUGGGUGUUGGUAUGAUUGAUAUCAGUUCAUUGAGCCACCAAACACUGAGCAGUGACCGAGGGAGCAUUGAGGACUGGAGUGAGUUGAAGGCUCAGUUUAAUGAAGUGAGACUGGAUCUUGAACCUCAUGGAUCAGUACUGCUUAACGUAUCCUACACUUGUUUAGAGCCACAGUCCAGUGUCCAGUGUACCGGUAGCAUUACUGUGGUGGGACUGAAUGGAGUUGAUUGUUAUAAAGAAGGAGAGCCUUGUUCAACCUGCUGCACUGUUGACAUUGACUCUGAAAACUAUGGUACCACUUCAAGUAAGUUAGGUGUUCCUGAUCAGUUGUCAACAGGAUGGGCCACUGAACCUAUCCCUUUUGACUCCAACCAGAACACACUAUGUAGGAUCCAGCUAUGGGGAAUCACGUCCCAGGAAAGUGAGUACUGGUUUGGUGAAGUGUAUACUCCACUCUCAUUGGUCCUCCCAUACUCUGAUCAGAUUGUGCAUCAGGAGGAGGAGAACGGACCACUGAAACUGUUGGACACUUUUGAAAGGAAAAUUGUAAUGCCAAUAGAACCAAAGGGACAGAUUACUAUUCAGUUCAACAUGUCUCCAGCAGUAGAUGAUGAUAAUAAUAUUAAUGAGACUAUCAAGGUGUUAAGUGUAUUGGAGGGGAGUGGCCUGUUCAAACCAGAGGCACUAGCGAUGCUCAAGAACGAAGCAAAGGAACUGACAACUGAUAAUAAGAUGAGUACUAUUACUGAAGAGGAUUCCAGUGGUGAAGUAGCUCCGCCCACAUCGUCUUUCCAAGGAGCAGUAGCUCAAUCCGGUACUUACGAUCACCUCUCUCCGUCUCUCCCUCCUACCUCUCCUACUCACUCUCUGCUCUCUCAGCACUCGAUAAAACGAUCGUCAAGAAUGACCCUCAGACUACUGGGGAGUUUGAAACUACAGGUUCCUAAAUCUUAUGACGAGCGACGGCAUAAAAUAGAUAUUAAUACAGACCCAGUGAGAGAGAUGGAGAUUAUGAAAGUUGAGUUGAAGGAUGUCAAGGCUAGACUAGCGACCAGUGAAUAUCAAAAGGAGAAAGCCGAAAUGAAAAUAAAGUCACUAGAGGAGGAAGUGUUUGAGUUAAGAAAACAAUUGAAGAAAAAAGCUAAAAAAUGAUAAUUAAAUUUUAUUAUUAAUUUUAAUUAACAAUUUGCUGGUAUUUUUAUUAUUUUUCUAAAUUUUGUAUCAAUUUUUUCUAAUUUUUGAACGAUACUUUUACUGAUAA